AUGUUCACACCCGCCACUAACGAGUCCAAUCUCAACCGCCGACGCCGAAUUCAAGCCGCAAUUCGUAUUGGCGGGGUCGGAGCCGUUGAGAUUAAAGUAUCAAAAUUUGCAGCCACAAAAUGCACAGCACACGGUCCUCCCAAUACUCUGAAAUCAUUCUCGCACUCGCCAAACCGCGCUUUUCUCAAACGUCGCCUUUCUAUCCUAGUCUAG